AGACGUUGAAGCGGAAAGUGAACAAAACCUGUUCCGAAUGGAAACAGGGUGGGGAGUCCACCAAGGGUAAAAUUAAAGAAGCAAUGGAGAAGGCUAAAUUAAAGGAGCGCAUAGGAUUGGCUAUAUUGGAGAAACUCAAGAAAAUGUGUGAGGAGGAGCAAACCACUCCCAACAAACUGUACCCGCAACUCCCUAUUUCACCCCCACCCUACGAAGGUCCGCAGGUAAUGGCCCCCGUGCUGGACCUCACGGCUACCAUAAAUUAUAAAAAACCUGAUGGUGCUGAACAUGGAGAGUCCUGGCAACGAGCCAGUGAGAGCAGAAGGGAAGAAAUACAGAUACUACUGGAUGCUACUAAAGAAAUGGCACGAGGUAUAGCAAGUCUCAGUAAACUAGAGAAGGGAGUGGAAAGUAUGAGAUUGGAAGAAGAGAGUGAAGAAGGGAGUGAACUCGGAAGUUGGACAGAGCCUGACCAGGCUGGUCUCAGGCAACAACAAGAUAAGGAAAUGUGGAACAGACAGAGAAUGGAGGAGCUGGACAAGGAACUGAAAAGAGGAGCAGAGGAAGUGAAAAUAUUGCAAGCUGCUGUAGAGAAGCUGGACCAGGUACAGCACGGAAGCAGUGAGAAGGAACAAAGAAAAAGAGGACCGUAUAUUCAUGUGGGACCGGAUGGGGAUGAUGCUGAAAACAGGAGAAGCAUGGAAGGAGAGGACGGGGUGAUGAGUCUGGGGGUUAUUCUCAAUGAAGGGAGUAAAGACAGUGAUUCCAAGUACAUAUGUGGGCUUUUUGAUGGGGAGGUGUGGACCCCAAAGGAUGACGCACCUGCAUACCACGCCAGGAGCAAGAUCAGAUCCGCUAAUAUGAUGCCACUGAGGGAGACACCAGGUGGGGAGACAGUAUACAAACACUGGGCUCACAGAGAUCUACAGACACUGAUUGACAGUCUGCCACUGCCAGAAGAGUCUGGGUGUAGGUGGGUGAAGGCUUUUGACAGCUUUACUGCAGCAGACGAGUUAACCAUUGGAGAUAUGACGGCUGUAAUGAACAGGUGCAUGGGAGAUCAAGAAUGUAGGGAACUCAUGACAACAGGUGGAUUAUGGGGCAUAUCUUCUGUAGGAACCCCAUUUGACCCAUAUCGGAAUGGCACGUGGACUGCCAUCGGGAGGAAAUACCCCACUCAACCUAGGCCUGAAAUCAUUGACCCUAGAAGAGGAUGAAACUGUGCCGGUUUAUAUGAAAAAAAGCCAGGAUCCUGUGGAGACAGGCCUGGAAUGCUGAGCCAGAUAAGAAUGAGAUAAAACAUCUAUUUCUGGAACAGAGUGUGAAAAAGUGGUGGGGAUCACUGUGAAGAAUGUGAUGGAAUUCACUGAGAUUGCUCAACACCAUGUGGAGAGAUGGAGAGAAGGAAAAAGGAAGGAAGAGGAUGAAAUAAAGCAACUACAGAAGAAAGUCUUGAAGAAGCAACUGGCAGAGGAUAAGCCAGCAAAACAGAUGCCUCUAACCAGCACUCCUCAACCUGCACCACAACCUUCUGGAGCCAACACCAGUGACACUGUUACUGGCUAUGGCGGGAUUGAUGACACCCCAAAGGAAUGCGUAUGGGGGGCAACCACCUUCUACAGGAUGGCCAAGCUACAAUCAAGAUCCAGACAGAGGGGCUAACCUCACCUGUGGUCACUGGGCAUGGAGUUGUGGGCAGUCAUCAGGAGUAAUCCAGAGAAGAGUUAGGGGACCUUUUGGACCCCAAAGGGGGAGAGGCCAAUGGGGGACACGCAGGAACUCAGAGAACUGGCAGGGUCAGAGAGGGGGUUCACAAGGUCAACAAUACCAACAACCACAACGGAUUGCAGGUUGAGUUUAUUUGGAGAAGGAUUGAAUGAGUUACAUGAAACAUCGAGUAAAUUUAAAACUAAUGAUUGGAGGGAGUACAUUUCCAUUUUCCCAGAGACAUGAUAUCUUAAAGGGGUACACUCACAUAUGAAAUAUUAGAAGUUUUUAUUUUCUGAGUCUUAAUUAAAUAUGUGAAAUCUUUUGAUAGAGGAAUGUUGUUUAAUAUAGUAAGAAACACUUCUUUGGAGGGGUGGUAUGACUUAUGACCUCCAUUGUAACUUUCCUUUGUGGUCUGAUCAGCCUCAUUGGAAAGUCAUUUGGAUGGAGAAUCUAUGGUCAUUUGUAAUACUGAUAUUAAGGUAAUUUAAUACAAAAAGGCAGUGAAAUUUACAUUAUAGUGUCAUUAUAUUUUCUAUGAUGAAUGUUGUGUGAAAAUUAGCAAGGAUAAGUUUUAAUUAUGGUAGACUCAUGUUAAGUAUUUGGGACAUAUUUUGAGCCAAAAGGGCAGGGAAGAAAUUGAGAUAUUUGUGUUUGGUUUUAACACCUGUGUAUAGGAGGGUGCCAGUGUACCUUUGUAAUGGGGGAGGGUGUCCGUAUGGGGAUUACAUGAUAACCAAUUUGGGACAGUUCUGGGAUUGUAGAAGAGUGUAUUCUUAUAGCAUAGGGGAUCCCACAAAGGUGGAUAGGUUUUCCAUGAUAUAGGGAAAACCUGGGAGCACUGUUGAACUCUGUAAAGGUGAUGAAAUCCUACUAACCAUUAAGUCCAUUAAGCUUUCUGAUGCAGGAACCUAUACCCUCGGUCUGGAAAGGAAUGGGGCUGACACGACGGGUGUGUUCUCUGUAAAAAUGCUGCCGAAGCCACAGCGGUCCCAGAUGAACCAGAGCCUGAGCCGGACACACUCCUCCACCACUCCAGGUCCGACUCUGCCUCCAACCAACCACAAUACCAAACCCUAUCCAGGUAAUUAAUGUUAAGGAUAUUACAAAUAGAUUCGGUACUGAAAUUGGAUAUGACGGUAGGGGAAAUAUGUGGUUGGCAUACAUGCCAUAUACUGCCAAGACAUUACAAAGGAAGGAUGGAGGUGUAUACUGGAAAGUUUUUACCAUGUUAAACCCAACUCCACCCUUUGUAAGUCUCUAGUGUUCCCGGAAGUCCCUCCUCAAAAGGCUCCAUGGGGUGUUGAGGCGUACGGAGGUAACUACAGUUGCAUCACUGGUACAGGUAGGGGUUAUGACUAUGGGCGGUUGCCUGCAGCAGAUUAAAGUAGUAACAUAACCUUUAAUGCCACCUGGCCAGUGAAAGGCUUGAAUCAAACUAAGGGUGUUGCUGAUGUAUGGUGGAUGUGUGGCCCAAACAGGCAUUUAAUACCUGUCCUUAGAAAUAACUGCCAGUCUGAUAAUACCACUAACCAUUAUUGAAGUUACAGCUAAUCAGCUCCUGGGAUCUACUAGAAAAGCACCUAAUGAUGUUCACCCGUACUACAGAUAUAAGCAUGAUGCACCUUGGUCUGAGGUAACAGAUAAUAUACAUUUCAACCUAAUCUGUGUGCCAGUUGGUGUUCCUUAGGAAUUCUAGGCCCUAAACAGGAAUUAUGGUUUAUGGCAUCUACUACCAAUUCCUGGCCCUGCUAUUGUGGAUGCCAAACAGACCUCAUGGAUAAAUUAUAUAUACUAUAAUCAACAACGUUUUGUUAACUUAUACCCGCUCUGCCCUUACUGGUAUGGCUGAGCAAUUGGAGGCUACUACCAGGACCGCCAGGCAGAAUAUAUUGGCUUUAGAUAUGAUCCAGGCCAGUCAGGGAGGGGUUUGCAAAAUGUUUGGUGAACAAUGUUGUACAUUGUCGUGGAAGAAUCCAGAAUUUGUUGGUAAGAUAUGUAAGAUGUUUUAUAUUCAUCAAAUGUGUGUAAGUUACUUCUCAUCAGAAUGGUAUUUUUGUAUAAUACUGUGGCGGGGUUGCAGUUAUCUGUUCUAUGUCAAGACUAAGUUGCAUGGGCCGCAGAGAGGGGAGAGGUCAAAGUAUCAUCAUGUGUAAACAUAUCUUUUGCUCCACUGUGUAGUGCCAGUUCACUCCCUACUUUUCCCAUGGAGGAUGGCAGUGUCUGGAAUCAUUCUAUCCUCUCCGACAUUUCUGAGGAAAUGACCGUUCCUACGAUCUAGGUAAAUAAAUCGUGCAGAGGGAUCCCCUAAACUUGGGAUCUCAGGGAGAACCACACUUCGGGAACGGAGCAGAUGGACCAACCUUUGAUCUAAGAGGAAGCGAGCCGAGUGGAUACCACAUCUCGAACUGAGUUCUUUUAAAGGAAAAAGGUGAGCGAACCACACACAGAUUUGAAGUCGAGUUUUUUAAUUAUGCCUGUUAUGUAUACUCUGAGUGUGAAUUCCUUUGUAAGGAAGGCACCUUGGCGGCGUAAGCAGGGCCGAGUCAGAGGAGAGUAAUCUGGGGGUUUUGUGGACUCAAAAGAUACUCUGCACUGUCCGGUUGCCAGUGACCAAGAGCCCUCCUGACACUGAAUUGAUCACAGUGGGGAUUGGGGGAGGUCUGUCGGGGUGAGGGGCCAGGGUGACUGUGUGUUCUAGGUGAAACACGGUACUUGGUGAAGCCCUAUUGGAAGAAGGACCUCAUUCUGUGCGUCUGUGUGAUUUGUCUAAGUGACCCUCAGAUGUGGUGAAUUCCAAUUAUUUUAAAUGUGCUAGCCAGGUAUGCCCUGGGUUACUCUGUGUGAGUAUUUUGUUAUGGGAUCACUAGGUAAUAGUUGUCGGACCGUUCUGUGUGAGCGGGGUAGGGUUGACUCUGUGUGGGCAAACCUUUUGAUGUUCUGUGUGGACGUCUGAACAGUUCUAUGUGAACAUCUGACCAAUCCUGUGUGGAUGAUCCUGAAAGUUCUGUGUGAGUACCUAAGAUUUCUUAAGUUUUAUAUGGAUUCUGUGAAUUAUUUGAAAUUAUGAUAAAUGGUAUGUGUGUGUAAAGUAAUGUGGAGAAUGAUUAGAUACAAUUUAAACCACCCAUUCGUAGACGUACGUAGGUUUUGAGUUGAUAUCUUAAAUGGAUAAUUUGAUAAAGAUGAAGUUUUGAAGCACUAUUACAAUAAUCUACCAAAUCUGGGAAAUUGAGCUCUAGAAACUGAUUAGAGUGUGUCCACUUUUGGUUAUCUUACCUUAACGAUGUAACUAUAAAACGCAUAUUGGAUUAUCUCCGUCUGGAUGAAACAUGUUAAAUUAAACUGCCUUUAAGGUCUAAACAUGUUAUAAUUUUUCUUCCCAGUAUGAGAGAAGUUGCGGGAUUUAAGUGAAUAAACUGUUUUCCAUAAAGUUAAAGAGAAUUCGAGGGAUGCUCGAUGUAGUUUAUAAUGUCGUACAAAGCCUAAUGUUUUCCAUCAAACUAAUUAUCAUUGCGUGAUUAAUGUGAUGUAGUAAAGUAAUUGAAAUACGUUGCAUAAGUAAACAUAAUCUACUUUUAUUAAAAGGCGCAAAAUCUGUUUCCUAGUCAUUAACUGUCGAAUUUAUUCUUUGAUUGCUAAUAUAUUCAUUUGGAAUUUGAGAAUCAUAGCCGGAGUAUGAGAAUCAUAGCUGGAGUAACGUUUGUUCUAUUAAAAUUGGGCUAUUAUUCUUCUGGGAAACCGAUAGUGACGUGUUUUGAUUCUACUUAGAAAUGGGGUUUAUAUGCGGAGAAUCUUAGUUUUUCGAAAUAGCAUUAGGUAGAAUUCUCGCCUGCCACGCGGGAAGCCCGAGUUCCGUUCCCAGUCAUGGCGCUGGCUGAAUUCAGAGUUUUUGAUUGUAAAUAAUCUAUUUGUAUGUUUUGCCUGGAAAGUUAUGGUCGCUAGUGUUUGUAUAAGAGAUAAAUUGAACGUUUUCAAUAGAUUGUUUAGGUUAAAUUGAUAGACUAAUUCAAUUUAAAAUAAUAACGAAGCGAAUUCUGGUGCAAGACGAUGUCUGUUCACUAAAUUAUCUGCUGGAAUAAUGUAUUGAGAAUUGGGUCGUAUUUAAAUUACUGUAUCAAUAGAGAAGACAGUUACCUAAGUUAAAGACAUUCUGAAUAAUAGCGGGGAAAGAAUAGCGAUAGAAAGUGGUUACCGAAAUGUUUUUCAUGCUUAUAGAUUGACUGACGCAUGUUAUAAUCUUGGCGCUGUGUGUUAUUUUUAAAGAAAUAGGAUACAUUUCAUAAGUGUGGAGAGCAAAGAGGAAGUUAUAAAGUUGGGUUUUAAUCUUACGAUAGAAGUAAGGAAAAAACGUUGAAAUCAGAGGGUUUAUAUUUUUGCCCAACUGGGGGAAAAAGAAAGUAUGGAAGAGUUAUGUUGGCUACUAAUUGUCAGGGAAAGUUGCUGGAGGCAGGUAGAUUGUUGUAGAAUAACGUAAAUUUGCAUUAUUAGUUUGAAUAUACAAUAACCUUACUCUAAUUGUUUUGACCGUUGUUCAGGUACAUUUUUUCUGUAUUUCUAGCAGCUGAUUCGCUAGGUGGGCAUCAUAGAUUUGUGGGAGACUGGAUGUCUGAAUCAUAAAACAUCGUAAGGAUCAAUUCUGAUGGUUAUUGAUUCUUGGUUUGAUUGUUUAAGUAACACCAGUUAAUUUGACUGUAUCAUCUGCAUACAUUGGAACUUCAGACCCUGUACAGAAUAAAGGAAGAUCAUUAAUGGACGUGCUGAACAGUAUUGACCUUUGUGGAUAUCAGUGGGGGGGAAAAAAUGUUUAUUUGUAUUUUUAUGAUGAUGACGACCGACUUUUGAAGGAUUUUAGAUUUGUUUUAAAAAAUCAGGAUUGGUUUUUACUAAAUUUAUAUCAACAGAUUGAAAUUAUUAGGUUGCUGAUUAAGAUUUUUUUUAGGAGUUGAUUUAACUUAAUUAAACAUUUUAUCAUACAUAUUUUUUUUCAAUUUAGUGAUUUUAAUUUGAUUAGGUUAGCUGAAAUGUUUUUUUACAUUUC